CCUGACCCCACACUGUCUACUAUUCUUUUAAGUCCAACCUAACAGUCAAAAUCAAAUGGUCUUCUUCUUGCUUCCUAUAAAACACACAACAACAUAUUCAUUCAUACACUCAAAAACCAAAGUAAUUAAUGUCUCAAGAAAUUUGCAUAGUACCAUUUUUUGGACAAGGCCAUCUUUUACCAUGUUUCCAACUAUGCAAUCACUUAACUUCCAUAAACUUCAACGUUACACUUCUCAUCUCCUCCAACCUCACCACCUCCGUUCCCUCUUCACUCCUUCAAAACCCUCUCUUUCAACUUACUAUAAUCCCAUCAUCACCGAUGAGUUUGAUGUCACCGCCUUCGCCGGAACACCACCACGAUGACCUUGCUAAAGGGCUUCAAAACAUUUUAUCUAACUACCAUCGUCCAUCCCGACCCGUUUGUGCCAUUGUUGACGUCAUGAUGAACUGGUCGAACGAUGUUUUCAAGAAAUUCGAUGUUCCGACGGUGGCGUUUUUCACCUCCGGCGCAUGCUCCGCCGCCAUGGAGGUUGCAAUAUGGAAAGCCCACCCUUUAGAUAUGAAACCAGAUGAGAUCCGUUUUCUUCCCGGGUUACCCGAAGAUAUGGCGGUUACUUAUUCGGAUCUAAAACGACGUCAUCAUGAUCAUCAUCCUCCUCCUCCUCCACGUGGACUGGGGCCCAGAAAGAUGGGUCCACCUAAACUAGGAGAACAGCCAUCGUGGCUGGAUGAGAUACGCGAAACAAUUGGUUUGAUGAUCAACACGUGUGAUGAUCUGGAGCGUCCAUUUAUUGACUAUAUUGCAAACCAUGUUGGUAAACCGGUGUGGGGUGUUGGACCGCUUUUGCCGGAGCAGUAUUGGAAGUCAUUUGGUUCCGUUAUCCACGAUCGUGAUUUUCGGUCGAACCGGUUGUCUAGCGUCACCGAAGAAGAAGUGGUCCAGUGGUUAGAUUCUAAGCAACGUGGGUCGGUGUUAUACGUGUCGUUUGGUAGUGAGGUGGGUCCCACAAUGGAAGAGUACACGGAACUAGCUCAAGCGCUGGAGUUAUGUGAGCAAUCGUUUAUAUGGGUAGUUCAACCCGGUUCGGGUAGACCGGGUCCUCCUCAUAUGGGUUUGAGAGGGAAACCCGGUUCAAGCAAACCAGAAACGGAAGAAGGGUAUUUUCCUGAUGGAUUAGAUAGUAGAGUUGGGAAUAGAGGUUUGAUAAUACGUGGAUGGGCACCACAACUAUUGAUACUGAGUCAUACAUCAACGGGUGGAUUUUUAUCCCAUUGUGGUUGGAAUUCAACAGUAGAGGCAAUUGGAGGUGGGAUUCCAUUGUUGGCGUGGCCUAUAAGGGGUGAUCAACACUAUGAUGCCAAGUUAGUGGUGGGUCAUCUUAGGGUGGGUUACAUGGUAUCUGAUGAUCUAUCAAAAAAGGUAACUAAGGAUGAUAUAGUUGAGGGGAUACAGAGAUUGAUGAGUGAUGAAGAAAUGAAGAAGAAUGCUGAGGUCGUUAGUGCAAAGUUUAGGAAUGGGUUUCCAAGAAGUUCAGUAGCUGCUUUAGAUGCUUUUAAGGAUUGUAUCAAUCAGAGAUCUGUUUAGGCUCCUUUGCUCAAACUUCAUGUGUUUCUUUACUGCUGCAUAUAGAAUACCUAUAUAAAUUUUAAUAAGUUAGUAAAAGUUUUAUAAAAUCGUUUGCUAGAAUAGAUUUAGAUUCAGUCCAGAUAUAUCCUUCAGCCAUUGUAAUCCUUCAACCAUAUGCAAACUAUUACUACUAGUUUUAAUAAAACCCUUCAACCAUUGUCUUCUUCAAA